AUGGGACCCACUCAAGGAGAGGUUCCACCUCCAGAACCACCAACGGGUAGCUUAGUGCUGACUUUAGAAGAUGAUGAAGUUGAUGAGAUGGCGGGAGGCGAAGGAACUAGGAUGGAGGAAAGAGAUGGAUUGGUGGGUAGUGAGGAGGAAGAGAAGAACUACACGGCAUCGGAUGACGCCAAGAAGAAAAAGAAGUCCAAAUCAGCAAAGAAAAAAGGGAAGGCAAAGAAUAAAGCCAAGAAAGAUGUAGAAGAUGACUCGGAUGACUCACCGAUACAGGAAGAAUUCCCGAAGUCGAACAGAUCACUCUACGCAGGGUUGAUUGAAACUGGUCACACCGCGGGAGCUCCCACAUUUGAACUAGCUCUUGAUCGAUCAGAUAACCGAAGCCCAACAAGCAGAGAUUUGAGGAAAGAUGUAGACAGAUAA